UCUUUCAAUGAUUCAACAUCUGUCCAAAAAAAUAAAAAAAAUAAAAAUAAAGCUACACGCUGCUAUUAUCAUGCAAAAAUAUAUUUUAAAAAAACAUGUUGAAAGAUUUGGCACCGUCUGCAAUGCAGUGAAAUAUUACAACAGGCACACAAAAUAUGAAAUUAAGACACAUCCUGUGAGGAAAAAUGUGUCAGCAAGUGUGUGUUUUCCUGAAUCGAGAGCAUUGUGUAGAAGCUGCCUCCAGGCCAGGUCUUAUCUGGUUCAGCGGGGAGGAUGUGGUCAGUGCUGGGAGGCUUUGUUGAUGGGUUGACUGGUGCUUGUGUCGGGGGCUUUGUGGGAUGGUGGUCAUUGUUCCUGCGAGCCCAGGGUAGAAAACGUUUGGUUUUAUGUAUGCAGAAAGCCCGCUCCCGUGGGGGGUAUAAUAAGAGUCCCCGAACUUGAGUGUCUCAGUGUCAGUUGUGUGUAAUUCUCCCAUUCUGCAAGGACUGUACUGCAUUCGAAUCAACCUUAUCAGUGAUGAAUUUUUUCCAGGAGACUCAGUCUGAUUUGGAGGUUAUAUUAGAGUUCCUCGAGGAGUAUCACAGACAAAACAAUGCAGAAAAUGACAAGGUGCGUUGGACGGCUAUGGAGGAAAGAAAUGUACCUGCAGACGAAACAUGCAAGCAACUCUGGGCAUACUAUGAGCCACCUAACAUCAAACCUGCACUCCAGCCCUUUCUUGCACAAGAUGCUCCAGCAGGACUCGGCCAAAACACAACAGCAACACUGUCUGAGCGUGGGUCAGUGCCAAGCUUCGCGACAACAAGAAAAUCAACCAAACACCCAGCCGCAGUAGGGAGGAGUGGUAAAAGGGUGCGACUCUUUCACUUCCUUUUUGAGAUGCUGGAGAAUCCAAACAUGGCCCACUGUUUGUCCUGGGUGCCAGCUGCCGCCGGUGUUUUCCGCUUUUCCUCCAGGAAUAAGGACCAGGUGGCUGCACUGUGGGGACAGAGAAAAGGCAACAAGAGACCCAUGACCUACCAGAAGAUGUCCAGGGCGCUUAGAAACUACGCCCGGUCUGGAGAGAUCUUCAAGGUGAAGAAGAAGCUCACCUAUCAGUUUAGCCGAGACACCCUGAUGUUGCUGCAGAAAUGUCAUCGAGAUUUGUAAUGCAGGCUCAAUUUUCUGUAGCUCAUAUCAUGUGAAGUGAACUGUGCUCUUUUUUUCCUGUUUAUAAAGUCUGUUAAUCUCAACUUUCAUUUCCUACAUUUUUCCAUUAUUACUUAGAUAUUGUACUAUUGAUGGCUUGUGGUGUAAAUAUCAAAAGAAUAAAGAAAUAUUUUACUGUUA